GUCUGGCCGACAGGAUCAUCUCACACCUGAAGUCAUCAAGGAGUCUCUUCAUCAUGUGCCACAUCCCUGUCUUCUGCUGGAUCUCAGCCGCUGUUCUGGAGAAGAUGUUGAGUCAAGCAGAGAGUGGAGAGAUUCCCAAGACCCUCACUCAAAUGUACACACACUUCCUGAUCCUUCAGACCAACAUCAAACAUCAGAAGGACUAUGAGAAGAAGGUGACAGAUGAAGACAUGGUCCUCAAACUGGGGAAACUGGCUUUUCAGCAGCUUAUGAAAGGAAACCUGAUCUUCUAUGAUGAAGACCUGAGAGAGUGUGGCAUUGCUGUGACAGAAGCAGCAGUGUACUCAGGAUUGUGCACUCAGAUCUUCAGAGAGGAGUUGGGCCUGUAUCAGGGGAAAGUCUUCUGCUUUGUUCAUCUGAGCCUUCAGGAACAUCUAGCAGCUCUAUAUGUGCACCUCUCCUUUACAGUCAAGAGGAGAAAUGUGUUUGACCAAACUAUACAGCGAUGGUUGUCCAAGAUUUUUAACCAGAAGAAAUAUAAUUCACUAUCUGAGCUGCAUCAGAGUGCUUUAAAAAAUGCCUUAAAGAGUGAGAAUGGACAUCUGGAUCUUUUCCUGCGUUUUCUUCUGGGUCUCUCAGUGGAGUCCAAUCAGACUCUCUUAGGAAAACUACUGACACAGACAGGAAACUGCUCCUACAACAUUGAGAAAACAGUUCAGUUCAUCAAACAGAAGAUCAGGGAGAAUCGCUCUCCAGAGAAGUCCAUCAAUCUGUUUCACUGUCUGAAUGAACUGGGUGAUGAUUCACUGAUACAGGAGAUCCAAGAUUAUCUGAAAUCUGGAGAAAUAAGAGAAACCAAACUCUCCUCUUCACAGUGGUCAGCUCUGGUUUAUGUGUUGCUGACAUCAGAGCAGAAGAUGGAUGUGUUUGAUCUGAAACAGUUUAAUGGAGCACAACAUACAGCAGAUGAUGUUCUUCAGAAUCUGUUACCUGUGGUUAAAGAAUCCAGAUCAGUUCGACUAUGUGGAUGUAAUCUCACUGCUCAGUCCUGUGAAAGUUUGUCUUCAGUACUUUGA